CGUGCGUUAUCCCGAGCAUCACGUGUCCGUGGGUCCGGGAGGGUGGCGGCCGCUGCGCUCCGUGCGCUCCACGCCCGCAGCGCGCCGCACCUCACCGCACCUUACCUCACGCCUUCCGCCACGACAGUCUCUCCCAGCGCACAGGUUAUGCCACCCAACAGGUUGACUGGAGUCCCAACCGUGAAAGAAAACGGCUGAUCCUGCUCUGAUCCCACCUGUCCUGCUCCCACCUCGUGUCCCCAUGGCGGCAGGGGGCCAUGUCAAUGAGACAGAUGUGUUGAUCAACCUGCAACAGGCUCUGCCAAAUGAGGAGAAAGGCUCCCAUGAUGUCUCCGAGGAGGAGGCCUGGGAAAAGGCCCUGUCUGUGGAGAGGUUUGGCGACAUCAUAGCCAAGCCAGUCGCCGCCAACGUGGAGAAGAUGGGCCGCAGUUACGGAGAGAGAGACUUCGAGUACCACCGGCACACUUUUCACCACACCCACCACCCUCUCUCCACCCACCUGCCUCCGCCCACACGUGUCCACAAGCGUGCUCUCGGUACAGACCGCCGUCGGAAGAAGAAGCGCAAAAAAAAGAGGACGUCCGUGCCUCCCUCAGAGGUCACGCCCACUAUCCAUGAGGUGGAUGAGGAGGAAGAGUCAGAUGCUGAAGGGCGGGGCCAGGUGUCCAGGCCCACUGAGCCAGCAGACUGUGACAUAGAGGUGGGUUGGGGAGAAGUAACCACUAGGAAGAGUCGUGGAGAGGAGCACUUUGCCCUACCUCUCCCACCUGCCAGCUUCCACAUAGAAAGUGAGUGUCCCCCACUAGCUGAAGAUGUGCCUGUUUACAAGACCCUGGAAGAAAGAGAGGAGGCGUCACAGGAAGCUUCAAACAGGUUCUCCAGCACCCCUGAGCCACCCAGUGCCCCCACCCGAGCCUGGUUCCGGAGGAAGUCCAUUCACCGGCUGGCAGGGGCGCAACGUGCCAGCUACGACCUGCGGGAGCGGAUCUGCAUUGGCAGCAUGACUACCGCAGGGGGGGCCGCCGUCUACCACAAGGUACCCACUGACGAGGCGGAGGCCCAGAUGCUGGCCAGCGCUGACCUGGAUGACAUGAAGAGUCAUCGCUUUGAGGACAACCCAGGAGUCCGGCGUCACUUGGUGAAGAAGCAGUCUCGUAGCCAAGUUACUCGGACUAACAACAGCUCGCCCUCCUACCUGUUGUCCAGCCUGAGUAAGAGGAGGAAAUCAGACAAGAAGACCCAUGAGGUCUUUGUGGAACUGAAUGAACUGACGAUGGACAAAGAUCAGGAGCUGCACUGGAAGGAAACAGCACGCUGGAUAAAGUUUGAGGAAGAUGUAGAAGAGGAGACAGAGCGCUGGGGCAAGCCGCAUGUGGCUUCGUUGACCUUCCGAAGCCUGCUCGAGCUGCGUAGGACCAUCGCCCAUGGUGCUGUGCUGUUGGACCUGGACCAGACAACAUUACCCGGUAUUGCCCACUUGGUGGUAGAGACCAUGAUCAUCACUGACCAGAUCAGGGCAGAGGAUCGACCCAAUAUGCUCAGAGUCUUGUUGCUCAAACACAGUCACCCCAAUGACGAAAAGGAUGGCUUCUUCCCGCGCAAUCCCUCAGUCCACAGUCUGGCCAGCUUCCACCGCAACCACAACCAUCUUCCCGACACCAGCCUGCCUCUAGUGACUGAAGACCAUGCCGACUCCCAUGGCAGCAAAUCCCCAGAAACUGACAAAGAGAAAGAACUUCACCCUGGCCCCCCUGAAGGACAUGCCCCCUCUCGUUGCAUAAAGUUACUGGCGAAGAUCCCCAAGGAGGCAGAAUCGGCUGUGGUGCUAGUGGGCUGUGUGGAGUUCUUGGAGCAGCCAGCCUCAGCCUUUGUGCGGCUUAGUGAGGCGGUGCUGCUGGAGUCCAUCCUGGAGGUACCAGUUCCUGUGCGUUUCCUCUUCGUGCUACUGGGUCCUGCCGAGUCCAGUAUGGAUUAUCAUGAGAUUGGCCGGUCCAUCUCAACUCUCAUGUCUGAUAAGAAUUUCCAUGAGGUGGCCUACUUUGCCGACGAUCGACAGGACCUCCUCAGUGGCAUCAAUGAGUUCUUGGACUGUAGCAUUGUCCUUCCUCCUUCAGACGUGGAGGGGAAGGACCUUCUGAAAACUGUGGCCUCAUUCCAGAGGGAGAUGCUACGGAAGAGGAAGGAGCGGGAGAAGAAGUGUGUCAGUAUCACAACUGCAUCUGAGGUAGAGGCCAGGGUUCAUCUUGCAGAGGUGAGCCUAGAUGAACAGGAGGAUGAGGAGCAAGAUGUGGACCCCAUGAAGCGUUCAGGGGUCCCGUUUGGGGGUCUACUCCAUGACAUCCGUCGGAGGUACCCUCACUACAUGAGCGACCUGAAGGACGCCCUGGACACACAGUGUGCAGCUGCUGUCAUUUUCAUCUACUUUGCAGCCCUUUCUCCAACCAUUGCGUUUGGAGGGAUGCUGGGUGAGAAGACAGAGGGUCUGAUGGGUGUGUCUGAGCUGAUCAUCUCCACUGCUGUCCUAGGGGUGAUCUUCUCCCUCCUGGCAGGCCAGCCUCUGCUCAUCAUUGGUUUUUCUGGUCCUCUGCUAGUGUUUGAGGAAGCCUUCUUCAAGUUCUGCCAGGCUCAGGGUCUUGAGUACCUGACUGGCCGGGUAUGGAUUGGCUUCUGGCUUAUCUUCAUUGUGCUGAUCAUUGUAGCUGCAGAGGGAAGCUUCCUGGUUCGCUACAUCUCUCCCUUCACCCAGGAAAUCUUUGCAUUCCUUAUUUCUCUCAUAUUUAUCUUUGAGUCUUUCUCCAAACUCAUAAAGGUGUUUCAGGAGCAUCCAUUCGUGAGAAAUAACCCCUUGCCCAGCUCUCCUUCUUCCCUGGGCUUCUCCAACAAUUCCUGGGAGUUGGACAUUGAAGUAAACCCCAGUGCCCAAGGCACACAACCCAACACAGCCCUUUUGUCUCUGGUGCUUGUUCUGGGCACCUUCUUUGUGGCCUUCUUCUUCAGAAAGUUCCGGAACAGCCGCUUCUUGGGAGGGAAGGCCAGGCGAAUCAUCGGUGACUUUGGGAUUCCGAUCUCCAUCCUGUGUUCCGUCAUUAUGGAUUACGUCAUUCCAGAUGCUGACACACAGAAGCUGAAUGUGCCCACAGGAUUCUCAGUCACAUCUCCUGACAAGCGUGGCUGGUUCAUCAGUCCAUUUGGAGACAAGCAGAUCUUUCCCAUCUGGAUGAUGGCCGCCUCCAUUGUCCCUGCCCUUCUGGUUUUCAUCCUCAUCUUCAUGGAAACCCAGAUCACCUCGCUAAUUGUGAGUAAGAAGGAGCGUCACCUGGUGAAGGGUUCAGGUUUCCACUUGGAUCUGCUGCUGAUUAUCCUGCUGGGGGCGCUCUGCCCACUCUUCGGCCUGCCCUGGCUCACAGCUGCCACUCUUCGCUCCAUCACCCACGUCAAUGCCCUCACAGUCAUGAGCACUACCACAGCCCCUGGCGAGAGGCCUGUCAUCCAGGAGGUCAAAGAACAGAGGCUCACCGGCAUGGCUGUCGCCCUACUCAUGGGCAUGUCUGGUGUCAUGACCAACGUGCUAUGCCACAUCCCCUUGGCUGUGAUAUUCGGCAUCUUCCUGUACAUGGGUGUCACCUCCCUGACGGGCAUCCAACUGUAUGAGCGUGUCAUGUUGAUGGUCACACCAGCCAAGCACCACCCAGACCAUGUCUACGUCACCAAGGUUAAAACCUGGCGUAUGAACAUGUUCACGGUCAUCCAGCUCACGUGCAUCAUGCUGCUGUGGGUAGUCAAGUCGACGGUGGCAUCUCUGGCCUUCCCAUUUGUCCUUAUCCUGACCGUGCCACUACGUCGCCUAGUCCUCACACGGAUAUUCAAGGAGCGGGAGCUCAAAGCGGUGGGUGGAGCUUCUUGCUUUCUGUCACGUUGCUGGGAAACCAUGGAAACAGCUCUGGCCCAUCAUGCCUUGCUGCACCUUCAGACUGGAACUUAGAUGGUCCUGUAGCAUAUUAAGUCCCUGUAUUUGGAUGAUUUCAGCUGGACUCUGACGAGGACUCCCCCAACUUCGACGAAGACGGCAGGGAUGAAUACGACGAACUCCAUAUGCCUGUAUAACUACAUGCUCUGCAAGGGCGGUAACAGCAUAGCAAUCAGAAGAAGCAAUAUGCUAAUGCUGGCCAAUUGAUAGAAGGAACAAUAAUUUCUAGAGGAGAACAAUCAAUGACACUUGUGCAAUACCCAUACAGAGGUUCAAAGUAGUGAUACAGUAUAUCGCACUGUAGGUUUCUGUCUGAAUGUGUUGCAAACAGACAAUGACUCUGCCUGAAGACCAUGUGUGUUUGUGUAUGUGAGAUUUGUGUGAGAGAGCUUUUGUUUCUUGGUGUUGUUGUUGUUGCUGUUUUCUUGUUGUAGUUGUGAUUGGAUGGCUGCAAAGAAUCCCAGGCUGUCAGCUAGGCCUCCAGGAGGCCCGGUGUGUCCUGCCCACUCUGUACCCUGUCUGUUUACCUUUUUUUCCUCCUGUUUUACUUAUCCUCCUGAAAGAAAUUGUGGGGACAUUGGGCGAUGUGCAAUGAGGGUGACAUGGUGCGAGUCACAAGGGUUGCAUCUGUGACGACCUUAAUGGUCACCGAAAACCCAAGCCAUAUAGCCACUGGUCGAUGUGCUGGUGUGUUUGGCGUGGGCUUUGGUCAUUGUGAUGAUGCACCCGAUGGUUGUGUGUCAUAUGACUUGUGCAUUUCUCCAAGUUCUGUGUGAGUCACUAUGGCAGCAGGCAUAUUUGACUACAGCUCACCUGCAGGCAGAAGGGAGGGUUGGGCACUUUCCCCCCCCACCAGAUAAAGCACUGAAGAAAACUGGCAUGUAUAAUAGGGAGGUAUUUUUUAUAUGACAGAUUUUACAUUGUACAUACAAAUUAAGAUGUAGGAGCUUUUGGAUGUAGACAUUAAAGAAUAACACCGCCA